AUGAAUGUCCGUCAGAAUGAGUUGAGAUUGGUGAGUUUUGAAUAUUUGAAAAAAACAUUUGCAUUUUUCUAACUUUUUUUACAGACGGUGGAGAUCCGGCAAGUGACGGACGCGGUGGAAUGCGUCUUCCACAGUCUCCUCCUCCAUCGGACCCUCGGCAGAGUCAGUUUCUUUUCAUUCGAAUAGUUUUCGCAUUGUUCCAGACCUCCCAGAGUGCUUAAAAAUGUUUUUUUAAGUAUUUGCAAAGCUGGAAACGGUGGUCUGAAAUUUCCUGGAAUUCAUCAAAACAUUUCCGUUUAAUCCUGAUCCCAUGUUCUCAAUUUCUUUUUUACUAUAAUGUCUUAAUGUUUUUUGAAAAGCUUGAAAAUUUUCAGUCACAUCCACAUCACUUUUUCUGAAAGUUUUGAAAAUUUCAAUGUUUAAGUCUCGCUUUCUCGAAAAUCGCAUUAGAAAAGCCAAUUGCUCAUCGCCAGCCCUUCAGAACUUCAUGUUUCUCACACGGACUUCUCCCUAGCUUUCACAUUUUCCCACAAAAACCCUCUAAAAACGGGCUCACAUGAAAUCCACGUGUUUCUGCUCCAAAUUGCCCCCGCCAAAAAGUGUCCGACUUUUCCGAAAAACCUCCAUUCCCUUUCGCUUUUCCUCUUCCAUUUCACCCCGCGCGCCGUCCCAAUGCCAUUCCGUCUCGUGUGCGUGAAAUCACGUGAACGUGUGCGUCUCGGCCGUCGCCCGCACUCUCUCGCCCACGUGUCACUCUGUCUGCGUCGUCGCGAACUGACGCACAAUCACAUGAGCGAGACGCGAGAAAAGCGACCGUUUUUUUUUGGUUGUAUCGUUUGAAGGCGAGAUGGCAACGGGAAACUGGAGGUCUAAAGGGCGAAAAGGAAGGGGACCGGGAAAUGGAUCGUUUGGUUGCAUUCGUACUUUGAACGGUGUCUGUCCUUGAAGUGCAAAGUGUCCUGUGAGUUCACUUUUGAACGUUCUUUGGUUGAGACAGUCUGGAUGUUUACGGUUUCUGGAAGGUGGGAAGAAGAAACGGGCUUCAGGAAGUGACUACUACUUCCAAUCUCCAGUGCAUAACGAUUAGUUUAUCCGAUAAGUGAGAUGUCUGAUUUUUUCAGUUUCUGAAAGCACAUGUCAGUUCCAGGGCUGGGCAAUUGGCCGGCACGGGCGCUUUUCGUUGGCCGGCCCUUAACCUGGACUUUUGAACCACUUGCAAUAUUCCGAUCGGACCCAAACUUUGCAGGAUUGUUGGACUUGGAUUGAGAGCCAUUGGGACCAAGUUUCAGCCCGAUCGGAUCGUCGGGUCCCGAGAUAUGUAGAACAUUGGCCGAUUUUUUCCAAAAAGCCCGGGCUUCCGGCCAAUUUCGGUCAAUGAUCCACAUUUCUCGGGACCAAAUAAUCCGAUCGGGCUGAAACUUGGUCCCAAUAUGCUUCAACCCAUGUCCAAGAAGCCUGCAAAGUUUGGGUCCGAUCGGAAUAUUGCAUGUGGUUCAAAAGUCCAGGUCAAGGGCCGGCCAACGAAAAGGGUCAAGGGCCGGCCUAAUCUUCUGGAAAGUGGACCCAAAAAUAGUUCCCAAGGCAGAUAGAGCCGUUUUCCGUGAUGUCUCCCAGGAAAAAACGUACUGAAACUAUCACUUUUCGCUUACAGUUUCAUAGUGGUCCCUUUAAUCGGACACUGUCUUCGAUGUGUUAAACAAGGUUUUCGAAAAUGUGUCUAGGAAGACACUUUGGUACUUUCGAGGUUUCAAGUCCGCCCUGACUUGUUCAGUACUAACCAUUUUUCGAAAGAAUGCUUCAAACAGCAACCUUUGUGCCGAUUUCAUCACUUUCUUCUUCUUCCUCUUUCUAUUGUCUCUGUCUUUCUCUUUCUUCCGAUUAUCUGUUCAAGAUCUCCGCCGCCGCGGGUCACACUUUUUUUUUCAAAAAGUGAUGAUUGUGCAAUCGGAAGUACGUGUUUCGUCAUGUUUCUGUGUCCUCGUGACCACCGAAGAACACAAAUGAUAUUAUGCCGCCGCCGCCGCCGCAUUCGUAUAGCAUCAGAGUACAAAAUGAAGAACCAUUUCAGUUCCACUACAACUCGGACAAGGAGUUCUCGCUCGGAUCGAUCGGGAUCAAGGAGGUGAACUGCGAGCAGAUUGACAUGACCUACGUGAGUGAUAUAUGUUAAGAGGAGAAGAAAACAUCAAAUUAACGCGGGGCCCAGCCAGUUGAAGUGGUGACUGUUUGUGAACGAGCGAGAGGGGACUGGAAUCGGGACGGAACACUCGAUCACUUUUGUACUUUUUUGUAUACACUCUGAGGCAAUUCAUGAUUUUUGUAGUGAAAAUCGAUGAAAUACGAUAAUUCUCGAAAUCGCGCAUUCUUUACCGUUGUCCGACAAAAGUGGUUUCACAAAUCACACAAAUGCAAGCAUUUUGAGCGUUCGACAACUGCAAUUCACGCAGUUUUAGGCAAGCAAUUCGUUUUCGUCUAAUCAAUUGUUUAAUCGAAGCAAACAUGAGAAAUUCCCAGUUUUUCGUGACUAAAUUUGCGUUUCAAAUUUCGAUUUCUUAUGCGGCGGAGCGCGCUUGCACCAUUGUAAGUCUCACUGGGCAAACAACGAAAAAACGUUGCUUUUUCGAUUGUUGACUUCCGAUUCUCGCCGAUUCUCUGUUUUUCUCACACUUCCGGGCAUCGCGGGCGCAAAACAGCGCCCGUUCCAUGCCACGGAGAGCCACAAAUAGACGCAAACGGUGUCUGUCUCCAAGCCAGGCACUCAUAAACACGGAGACGCAGACGGGAAACGCGAGAGAGAACGCGACAAAUGUGUCUCUGCUUCACUUGCGGCUUUUUGAAGAUGAUCAGCUGACGGCCGGAAUGGGGGAGCGGAUGACUGACUGGAGCGAAAGUUUGGUGUACUUUGAGGGCGGAAAAGUGCGCGGACGUUUGGGAAAACGAUGAUUUUUGAGCGAAAGGGCAGACAAACUAGAAAACUACGCAUUUUUUGUGUAUUUUCCGAGUUGUGACAUCUUUUUGAGGGAAACAAUGAUUGGGCUUAUUCAAAGAAAUUGAGGAGUAACUUUUUGUGUUGCAGGUGCGUGUCAACUCGACAGAACUGGCGAUGUGCGUCGACGAGGACAUCCGCCAGUUCAAAUACGAGGUGGACGAAGCCACGUGCUCCGGCUCGAUCCCCAGACGGACGCCGACCGUCGGAAGCCCCACCGACACGGCGAUACCCCUCCUCUCCGCCCAAAUAGGACUGCAAUUCUACACGAAAGCGAAGCGACAGUCUAUGGGCGCCGUCGUCGGAUCGUGGCUCGGCGCGGGCAGCGGCGGAUCGGCCGACGACGGAUCCGUGUGGGAGGAGUGGAAACUGAUCCUCGACGUGUUCCGCGUCGAAUCGAUCGACGAACUGCAGAAGAUGCGGCAGCGGGUGGCCGACGACAUUGGCGAGAAGGUUCUGGACAUUUGCGAGCACGUCAACCACAACCACUACACGCCGAAAAUGCCGACGCGCAACGAGAUACCCGACAUUUUCGAGACGCGCUUCUCGGAUUGUCAGCCGUAUCUGUUCAAGAUUCGCAGACAGGCCGUUCCGCGUGAGUUUUUCCUGUUUAUAUAAUAUAAAUUAUAUUUUACGAAAAAGAAAGUGAGUAAGAUAGUAAUAAUGAUAUAAAACGCAUCUGCAUUUGUGAACGUUCUGAAGCUGUCGAUUAUGAAAAUUUAGUACCGAAAUUCGAAAUUUUCGACAAAUUCACUUUGUUGUUUUCAAACGUUUGAAAAUCCUGCUUGAAGUGCCUGUCUUUGCGGCUAAAUGUUAUUCUAAUACCAGCUUGAAACCGAUUAUCGAUUUUUCUCAAAAAUGUGCAUAUUUCAGCGAUGGCCACGAAACAAACGCUCGCGCAAGCGGCAAUGUCCCGCUGGAAGGAUAUUCUUGCCGUCUGA